CACGCGACCGCAUCGCACCGCACGCAUCACAAUGGCCGCUCUCACCAUGUCCGCCUCCCUCGUCAAGGUCGCGCUCCCCACCGCGGGCGCGCGCAAGACCACCGCGCGCCGCGCCGCGGUCAAGGUCUCCGCCAACCUCUGGCCGGAGCCCGGCACCUACCCCGGCGCGCCCGACGCGGACACGGUCUCCCCGCUCGGGAACGACGACGUCCUCUCCAUGAACAAAGCCGCGGAGUACGAGGUCAUCCACGGCCGCUGGGCGAUGCUCGCCAUCCCCGGGAUCGUCGCGCAGGAGCAAGCCACGGGCGUGCCCUGGUACGACACCGGCGCGCUCUGCACGCCGGCGAGCUGCCUCGAGAACUACUCCUUCCCCGGCGCGCCCGCGCCGCUCGCGCCGGAGGGCUCCGGCGCGCCGUACUUCUGGGCGGUGCUCGCGUUCGAGGUGGUCGCCGUCGGUCUCGCGGAGGCGUACCGCGGCGGGAUCGUGAGCCCCCCGAAGGGGUUCCCGGAGCCGAGCCUGUACCCGGGCGGGAGGUUCGACCCGCUCGGGUUCGCGGAGAAGGGCGACCUCGAGAAGCUCAAGCUCCAGGAGUUGAAGCACUGCCGCCUCGCCAUGGGCGCGUUCCUCGGCUGCCUCGUGCAGAAGGAGUUCACCGGCGUCGGCCCGGUGGCGAACCUCACGUCGCACAUCUCCGACCCGACGCACAACUUCUUCGGGUCCCAGACGGCGCCGUGGAACAUGUAAGGUAUGCGAACGUGUAAUCACGAAGCUUGGGGGGGUGAUCAUGAGGAGUAGCACACGAUUCGAUUCAACAGCGGGCUGCUGGACGCGGUCUCUGUCGUUGUACACAAACGCUAAACGUACUGU